AUGAUGCUCGUCAUGCUGUUUACUAGUGCGUGGAUGAACAAGAGUCAUUAUCUAGCUCUCUUUUACGGAGUUGUGGCCGUGCUUUGUGGCUGGCCAUACGUUGGUGUUCUUUUCAUUCCAUUCACAGUUGAAACACUCUAUACGCGUGGAUUGAUCAAGAGCAUUCUAGUCGGUGCAGCUAUGGGUGGAAUCGUUCUAGUACUUGAGUUACUUGUCAACUUUAACUACUAUCAACGCUGGGUAUUACCAGCAUGGAAUAUUUUUGUGUACAAUGUACUGAGUAACGAGACGGACUCAACGCUUUACGGAACGGAACCAAUGAGUUAUUACUUGUUGAAUCUUGCUCUCAACUUUAAUGUUGUGGCGAUAUUGGCCGCACCAGCCGUUAUCUUUGUAUUUGUACUUCCUAGUCACUACAAGACUAGAAAAAUGCAAUUGGUGAUGUAUUUGUCUCCCAUGUACAUUUGGGUAGUGAUUAUGUUUUCUCAGGCACACAAGGAGGAACGAUUUCUGUCCCCAGUCUACCCACUAUUUUGUUUGGCUUCUGCAACUACGUUGAGCGCAAUGGUGUAUCGUAUUGGGCAAUAUUUCAGUCACAUCCGUGUUCUGAACAACAGACUCUCGCAGUUGUUUGUACUAGGUACGCUCGGUGUCUAUUCGCUGCUAUCUGUUUCUCGAGUUGUCAGCAAUGUCGUCAACUUCAGCGCUCCGCUUCGCGUGUACCAACAUUUGUAUGCAAAGUUGCUCCCAAAUCCUCAGACUGACAUGUUUUAUGACGGUGUAACUGCAUCGACAACGACAGUGAACUUGUGUCUUACGAAGGAAUGGUAUCGUUUUCCGACCAGCUUUUUUAUUCCGUCCAACAAUACCAAGGUGCAGUUUGUCAAGUCAUCGUUCUCAGGUUUACUACCAAAGCCUUUUGAGGAGCAUAUGAACGGUACCUCAAUUAUUCCCAGCGCUAUGAAUAACCAAAACCGCGAAGAACCUAGCCGAUAUGUGUCCAUUGACGCUUGCGACUUUGUAGUGGAUUUGAACCUGCCGAGUCAAAAAGAGAUCAAAUUCUGGGAGGAGCCUGCAACGUGGGAGCUUGUGUAUUCGGAACAGUUUCUCGACGCAGAGCGAUCCAAGUCACCUUAUCGAUCAUUUUACAUCCCUCUGCUCACGCCACGAUACGUUCAUUAUGCGGAGUAUGCAAUUUAUAAGCGCAAGAAAGCGGUGUCGAAUUAA